AUGGGAAACGAAGAGUCCACGAUGCUGGACGAGAGCGUCCAGCCCAAGACGCUCGAGUCACGCAGCCUUCAGGCAAUCGCUGAUUACAUCAAGUCUGGCGAUGCUAAGCGCAUUGCCGUCAUGACGGGCGCCGGUAUCUCCACCGCCGCAGGCAUUCCCGACUUCAGAUCUCCCGGUACCGGUCUCUAUGCCAACCUCGCCCGCCUCAACCUCCCCUACGCUGAGGCAGUCUUCGACAUCACAUAUUUCCGCAAGCACCCAGAGCCUUUCUACUACCUCGCGAAGGAACUUUACCCAGGAAAAUUCUUCCCGACUGUUUCUCACGUCUUCAUCUCCUUGCUCGCCAAGAAGGGCUUGCUACAGAUGAACUUCACCCAAAAUAUUGACUGCCUCGAGCGCCGUGCCGGCGUCCCAGAUGACAAGAUUAUUGAGGCACACGGCAGCUUCGCCCACCAGCGCUGCAUCGAAUGCUCCACUCCCUUCCCGGAUGAUCGGAUGCAAGAACAUGUCCAGGCCGAGAUUGUACCCAACUGCGACACCUGUGGUGGGCUUGUCAAACCGGAUAUCGUUUUCUUCGGGGAGGCCCUGCCCGAGGCCUUCAGGCACAACACGCACCUUCCGGCCAUGGCUGAUCUCAUUAUCGUCAUGGGAACGAGUUUGUCAGUAUAUCCGUUCGCCGGACUCGCGGAGGCAUCGAGGUCUGGUGUUCCGAGGUUGCUCCUUAACAGGGAGCGGGUCGGUCAGAUGGGCCGUCGUGCCGAUGACGUUGUUGAGCUGGGCACUUGCGAUGCUGGUGUUCGAAGACUUGCGUCAUUGCUUGGCUGGCGUGACGAACUCGAAAGCCUCUGGCGUAGCAUCGUCGGGGACAAGGAGGCUGAGAGACAACUUGCUUCCGCUGCUGCCGAGGGCGACGAGGAUCUUGAAGAGGAGAUCCGCAAAGUCACCGAGGGCGUCGACGCCGCUCUCAAACUCGACGACGACAGUGACUCCACGCCCGAGGCUGUUGAAACUCCUGCUAAAGAAGAAGAAGGCAGUGGUAGCGAGGAUACCCAACAGACCACCCCUAAGGGUAGCGUUUCGCAAGCGCUUGAGGCUGUGAAGGACCAAAAAGCGGAAAUCGGCACAGACAUUAAGAACGACCGUGGCCGUGAAGGCAGAACCGUCCACGGUUCCGAAGGUGCGCCAAAGGAUGCCACUGACUUCCGCGCCGAGGCAAAGAAGAAGAUCUUACUUGCGGCACAAGGAGCUGCUACCCCGCUUGAGGAGGUUGCAAUCGUAUUUGACCCAAAGACACCCAAGGUUGAGAAGAAGGACGAGUUAUUUAAAGAGUCGGAUGCUUUGGUUUCCGGUGUUGCUCGUUACGAAACCACUUCUGGUUCGGAUGCAAAGAGCGAAGAGCUUUCUAAAGACACCGCCGCAUCCAAGGUAGAUACCCCCUCGACAUCAAAAGCCACGGAGACAUCAAGUACUCCCACAGCAGAGAAGAAAGAAGUAUCAUCGUCGAAGGAGGCGGAAGAGACCAAGUCUUCAGACGAUGCGAAGCUAUGA